GGCUGGCGGGCGGCGAUGGCCCCGUGGCUGCGCUCGGUCGGGCUGGUGGCGGGCUCGACGCUGGCCUUCGCCACCCUCCGGUGGGCGCUGGGCCGCUGCCCGCUGCCCGCCCACGUCCGCCGCGACGCCACGCGCACCUGGCGCUGGAAGAACCUGCUCGUCUCCUUCGCGCACUCCGUCGUGGCCGGCCUCUGGGCCGUCGUCGGGAUAUGGCAGCUGCCGGGGGCCUUUGAUGACCUGGUCCAGACCUCCUCUGCCUCCGCUCACCUGCUGCUCUGCUUUUCCUCAGGGUACUUCAUCCACGACUCCCUUGACAUCAUCGUCUGCCGCCAGUCCAGGGCCUCCUGGGAAUACCUGGUCCACCAUGCCGUGGCUGCCUCCGGUUUGCUUUCCGGGAUCUUCCUCAACCGCUUUGUGGCAGCUGGCCUGCUCUCCAUGUUCGUGGAGGUGAGCAACAUCUUUCUGACCAUGCGGAUGAUGGUGCGCCUGGGCAGCCUGCCUUUCCAGACCUUUUACGAGGUCAACAAGUAUGUCAACCUGGUGGCCUACUUCCUCUUCCGCUUGGCCCCCCAGGCCUAUCUGACUUGGUACUUCGUGUGCUAUGUGGAGAUGCGAGGCCAGGGGGCCUUCCUCAUGGUCAACCUGGUGCUGCUGGACACCAUGAUCCUGAUGUACUUCUCGCGCCUGCUGCGCUCCGACUUCUGGCCGGGCAGCCAGCAACCGGGCUCUGGGAGCGAGAAGAAGUUCCUGAUCGACUGAAGCCCCGCGUCCCCGGCAGCAGAA